AUUUCCAGGUGAUUUAUUGAGAGGGAAGAGAGCAGUAUGAAUCCGAUGACGUUUUGGGUUGUGCGACAUGCCGAACGUGAGGAUAACAUCAAUUCGGCAUGGCAGAAUAGUUCGAAGUUGAAGAGUGAUAAUUCGCCAUUAUCGAAAAGGGGACAAGGACAAGCGGAUGAGCUUGCUAUUCGUUUCAGUAAUAUUCAUUUGGACCACAUCUUUGUUUCACCUUUUGAUCGUACUCUCGAAACAGCUACACGACUCCUACGAAGUCACAAUAAUGCUACCAUAAAAGUUGAACCAGGAUUAUGUGAAGGGUUAUAUAUGUGCGAAGAUCCUCCCGGAUAUGAGAAUCUGGAUACCCUGAAAGAAAAAUAUCCACUUGUUGAUACAUGUUAUACGUCUGUAAUGCCGUGGAAGCUUCCGCGAGAAGGUGACGGUGAUGCAGCUUGUACACCACGCGUAAAAAUGACUUUGGAAGGGAUUGAGAAGCGUUUUCCAGAUACUGAAGUGUUACUUGUGUCUCAUGGGGCUCCAAUUGGUGCAAUCCAUGAACUCCUGGGUGGUUCAUGGAAAUACGUUGGCCAAGCAACGGUAUCAAAGUUUGUCAAAAGACCGAAAGGUGGUUAUAUCAAAGAAUUUAGUGGUGAUGCAUCUCAUCUUAGCGACAAAACUAAUCUUAGGCCAUGGUAAUGAUUUUGUUCUCUCUCAAUGGGUGACGAAAUAUCUUAACUAUUAUUGGUUGGAAGCUCCCAGACUGUUAUUGGUUAAACUGCACACGUUUAAAAUAAUGUUUAUUUAUCAACUGAUGCAUGACUUUGAAAGGUGUUAAAAUUAAACGGCUGCGAUAAGAUGAAUCUUUUGUAGUUUUCCUAAUCUUGGACUUCUUCAUAUACGCUAGAAACUCAAAUCUAAGUUCCUGGCAGACUUUGUGGAAUAGUUCUUAUAAUUUCCAUCUUAAAUUAAUUUCCUCUCCUUAUCUGAAAUUCAUUCUGUUCGUGAUGUUCUGAUUGUCAUUUUAAAUAAAGAUAAUGUUACGGCAGAUAUGCCCAUUCCAUGUUGAUUCACCGAAAUUGUCUGCAAGAAAAUAUAUAUGGUCGACAG